UAGCAGCUAAUAAUAGGCGAUGUUUGCAAAGUAAUUUGCCUCUUCCUUGGCCAAUGGGAGCCGGAGCACUUUUCCAUCAAACCUCCCUUUUCAGGAUUUGCCGAGAGGCGAACUUCUCCAAAUGUUACCGCUACGGGAUCGGAGUUAGACUUGACACGGACGGCUCAGACAUAGGCUACUACUACUACUACUACUACUACUACUACUACUACUACUACUACUCCAGCUACCACUACUCCUCUCUGAGACGUCGUUUCUUGAACCAUCGGGACGAAUGAAGACUGCAGGAUCUAUACGGAUUUCGGCGCAUAAUGUUGGGAUGGAGUUUCGAGACUUGUUUGGCUCCAAGGAAGACUAGAAAACGUUCUCGUCGUUUGUCGCCGGCGGUGCUGGAUGCGCACCGCUUCUAUGUUGGAUUAUUGUCGUUUUUUCUGAACUCGCACCGAUUCCGCGUCGCUUCGCUCUGCGCCCCGAUCACCCGCUUUUUGGACUAUGGCCUCGGAUCGCGGGGUCCCAGGGGCCGGCGUCUUUGGAGAUUUACCCCCGAGUUAUACGCGCUCCCAGCCGCCUGCGAACCCAGACCUGCUCCGGAGACCCAGCUACUGCCACGCUGCUUUCGCACUUAAACAGAUCUCAAAGGGGAAGGCGGUAGGUCAGAAAGCUCCUCUGUGGAUCCGGGCGAGGUUCCAGGCCUUCCUGUUCUCUCUGGGCUGCCACAUCCAGAGGCACUGUGGGAAGGUCCUCUUUAUUGGACUCUUAGUAUUCGGGGCUCUUUCUGUGGGACUCCGAGUCGCAGCCAUCGAGACAAACAUCGAACAGCUAUGGGUGGAAGCUGGCAGUCGGGUGAGCACAGAGCUUCGCUACACCAGGGAGAAGCAGGGAGAGGAGUCAGUAUUUACCUCACAGAUGCUUAUCCAGACCCCCAAAGAAGAGGGCACGAAUAUUCUUACCCAGGAAGCUUUGCUGGUUCACAUGGAAGCCGCCCUGUCAGCCAGCAAGGUGCAGGUGUCGCUGUUUGGAAAGUCGUGGGAUCUUAAUAAAAUAUGCUACAAAUCAGGAGUUCCUAUUAUAGAAAAUGUCAUGAUUGAAAGGAUGAUUGACAAGCUAUUCCCCUGUAUGAUAAUCACCCCAUUGGACUGUUUUUGGGAAGGGGCCAAACUCCAGGGAGGCUCUGCCUAUUUACCGGGUAUGCCAGAUAUCCAGUGGAUGAAUUUAGAUCCAGUCAAGCUGAUGGAGGAGCUGAGUCAGUUCACUUCCCUGGAAGGGUUUAAGGAGAUGCUGGACAAAGCCCAGGUGGGACAUGCCUACAUGAACAGGCCAUGUCUCGACCCCUCAGACCCUGACUGCCCUCUCAGUGCACCCAACAAGGAACAAGGAGAGAGUCCUGACAUCGCUGGGCGUCUGCAGGGUGGUUGCCAUGGUUUCAGCCAGAAGUUUAUGCACUGGCAAGAGGAACUCAUCCUGGGAGGGCGAGUCAAGAACAGCCAGGAUGCUCUGCUGAGUGCGGAGGCUCUCCAAACCAUGUUCCUGUUGAUGAGUCCUAAGCAGCUGUACGAGCACUUUAAAGACGACUACGAAAUCCAUGACAUCAACUGGAAUGAAGAAAAAGCUACCGCCAUUCUUGAGUCCUGGCAGAGGAAGUUUGUGGAGGUGGUUCACCAGAGUAUCCCAUCUAACUCCAGUCAGUCCAUCCAUGCUUUCUCUACCACCACCCUCAAUGACAUCAUGAAAUCCUUCUCUGAUGUCAGCGUCAUCAGGGUGGCUGGGGGCUACCUGCUCAUGCUGGCCUAUGCCUGUGUGACAAUGCUACGGUGGGACUGUGCCAAGUCCCAGGGUGCUGUGGGGCUCGCUGGGGUGCUGUUGGUUGCCCUGUCGGUGGCAGCAGGACUGGGUCUCUGCUCCCUGCUUGGUCUCUCCUUCAAUGCCGCAACCACACAGGUGCUUCCCUUCCUGGCACUAGGGAUUGGUGUGGAUGACAUGUUUCUGUUGGCUCACUCCUUCACAGAAACUGGAAUUAACAUCCCCUUUAAGGAGCGGACAGGAGACUGUUUGCGUCGCACCGGCACCAGCGUGGCUCUGACUUCCGUCAACAACAUGAUUGCAUUCUUCAUGGCCGCUCUUGUACCCAUCCCUGCCUUGCGAGCUUUCUCAUUGCAGGCAGCCAUUGUGGUUGUGUUCAACUUUGCCAUGGUGCUGCUCAUCUUCCCGGCCAUCCUCAGUUUGGACCUCCACCGGCGCGAGGACAAGCGUUUGGAUGUCCUCUGCUGCCUGUACAGCCCCUGCUCUGAUCGCGUCAUCCACCUGUCUCCGCACGAGCUGUCGGAUGCCGGAGAGCAGCCGCACACGCCAACGACAGGGACGGCGCACACCCACCAGUACGCUGCAGGGUCGACAAUCACCACCAGCACCCAGAUCACCACCACAGUGCAGGCGUUCACGCAGUGCGAUGCAGCGGGGCAGCAUAUCGUCACCAUCCUGCCGCCCACUUCGCAGAUCUCCACCAGCCCUCCUUCCAUCAUCCUCUGCCCCACCUCCCAGGCUCAAGCCAUCUCACCGUCCCCCACCACCACUUCCGUGCCGGACCCCUACGGCUCCCAGCUCUUCACCCCUACCUCCAGCUCCACGCGGGACCUCUUAGCCCAGGUGGACGACUCCAAAUCAGGGAAGAAGUGUGUCCCGCUUCCUUUCCUGCACUGGAACCUCUCCAGUUUCGCCAGGGAGAAAUACGCCCCUCUGCUCCUCAAGCCCAAGAGCAAAGCCCUCGUGGUCGUCCUCUUCCUGGGCCUCCUGGGUCUUAGCCUGUAUGGGACCACCAUGGUGCACGACGGCCUCUACCUGACUGACAUUGUGCCACGUGACACCAAGGAGUAUGACUUCAUUGACGCCCAGUUUAAGUAUUUCUCCUUUUACAACAUGUACCUGGUAACCAUGGAUGGAUUUGAUUACGCCCGCUCUCAAAGGCUGCUGAUUCAGCUGCACAACGCCUUCAACUCUGUUAAAUAUGUGGUCCGAGACGGUGACAACAAACUGCCCCGCAUGUGGCUGCACUACUUCCAGGACUGGCUCAGAGGUCUUCAGGCGGCUUUUGAUGCUGACUGGCAGGCAGGCAGGAUUACAGCUGACAGCUAUCGUAACAGCACAGAGGACGGAGCUCUGGCGUACAAGCUCCUCAUCCAGACCGGCUCCAAGAAAGAGCCCUUCAACUACAGCCAGCUGACUUCUCGCCGGCUGUUGGAUGCAGAAGGUUUGAUUCCCCCGGAGGUGUUUUACAUUUACCUGACAGUCUGGGUCAGUAAUGAUCCUCUGGGUUACGCUGCCUCCCAGGCCAACUUCUACCCUCACCCCAGGGAGUGGAUCCAUGACAAAUAUGACACGACAGGGGAAAAUCUGCGCAUCCCAGCAGCAGAACCUCUGGAGUUUGCUCAGUUUCCCUUCUACCUGAACGGCCUCCGCCAAGCCAGCGACUUUGUGGAAGCCAUCGAGAGCGUGCGGGCCAUCUGUGAUGAGUUUAGCCGCAAGGGCGUGUUCAACUACCCUAAUGGAUACCCCUUCCUGUUCUGGGAGCAGUACAUUGGCCUCAGACACUGGUUUCUGCUGGCCAUCAGUGUGGUGCUGGCCUGCACCUUCCUGGUUUGUGCGAUCCUCCUGCUCAACCCCUGGACCGCCGGCAUCAUUGUGUUUAUCCUGGCAAUGAUGACUGUGGAGCUGUUUGGCAUCAUGGGCCUCAUUGGCAUCAAACUCAGUGCCAUUCCUGUGGUCAUCCUCAUUGCCUCAGUGGGCAUCGGAGUGGAGUUUACUGUUCACAUCGCACUGGGCUUCCUGACAGCAAUUGGCAACAGAAACCAUCGCUCGGCAGUGGCACUGGAGCACAUGUUUGCCCCGGUGGUCGACGGAGCCAUCUCCACACUGCUGGGUGUUCUCAUGCUGGCAGGGUCGGAGUUCGACUUCAUCAUGAGGUAUUUUUUCGCUGUGCUCGCCAUCCUGACUGUCUUGGGGGUGCUGAAUGGGUUGGUUCUCCUCCCCGUCCUCCUCUCCAUGAUGGGUCCUCCGGCUGAGGUCACCCCAGUUGAUAAUGCUAGCUGCCUGCCGACACCUUCCCCAGAGCCCCCGCUGCCUCCACCAAUGACCCACCACGGCUACUACACAGGCCACCACAACCCACGCUCGUCUCGCCAACAAGCCUUUUCAGAAUCGUCGGACUCGGAGUAUUACUCUGAGCUGACCACCACAUCAGCGACUGGGGAGGAGGAUUACAAGUACUGUGACCGGAAUGCGUAUCUAGCAUCACACACCGGCGUUCCACCUGCAACAUCUCACAUACUGCUAGAGGCAAGCAAGAACCCGAGCUUCCCCAAACUCACGGUGGUGAAGCCAUUCAGAGAAAACGCAACAGCCCCCGGUGGGAGGAUUGAACCAUUAAACGAAUCUUCCCACAAUGCACAGUCACAUCUCAGCUCCCAGGUUACAUGCUGGGAUGGAAACAAGCGGGAGCAACAGAAGGGCCUCCAGAGACUCCAGGCUCCGGCCGGACAACACUUACCCAGCGACAGAGCUAACUUUCCUGGGAGGACUUGUCAAAGCGGCCCCAGGCUGCAGAACGGCAGAGGGCCGCAGCCCAACAGGACUAAAGGGUCGAGCUAUAUCCAUAGCAACAGUGCUCUGCCGACACAACAAGGCUCUGCUGGGGGACCCGUUACCAUGGUUACAGCCACAGCCUCCGUGACAGUGGCUGUACAUCCAACCUUGCCAGGGGCGGCAUACCAAGGUUACAUGCAUGAAGGUUUUGACACGGACAGCGAGUCGGACUGUUUCGAGGCUGCUAAGAGGACUUGUGGUGACAAAACAAACUUUUCUUCAUGUAAGAGAGACUCUCUAGAGCUCCAGGACUUGGAAGCAGCACAGGGCCAGACAGAGUAUCAGCUCAGCAAGACACAAGGUGGGCUGAGGAUCCAGGCAUCCAAAGAUUGCUAGACUCUUCCACAUGCUGUGCCCUCUCACUUCGAGUCUCUGGUUACCUCCCAGAAGACCUUGAUGUGAUGUCCGCAUCACGAUUUGAACUCUCACCUGUACAUAGACUUCACACACAAAAAGAGAGGAUUUGCUUCAAGGACAUAUUAAGUAAAAAAAAAAAAAGACUUGUUUUAAGAAUUAUAUAAAUCUAUGAGUAUAUAUUUUAAUACUAAAAAAGAGGGAAGCUAUUUAAAAGAGUACUGUAUAACUUGGGUAUACUCUUGUGUAAAAGUUCAGAUGUAAAAGAUUAUUUUCAUGUGGGAUGGUUGAUUUUGUUUUCCCCCACAUUGUAUAGAAUAAGAAAUGUGCUAUAUGUUUUCACGAAAAAGUGAGAUGUUAUUAAGAUAUUAGGCUAUUGAACAUACAUGGUCAGUGUUCUAUUUGUAUUAUGUCCUUUUUUUUUGCUGCUACACUUCAAAAUAAUUUUAAGCAAUUUGCCUUAAAAAUGCAGUACCCCCCUCGUCCCCCUCUUUUAUGAAUAACUUUCACAGUAUUACACUGUGAGAUGCUCUGUAUCUGACACACUCUCUGUUGCAUAUGCAUCCUCUGCCAGUGUGCAUUGUAAAGAAAAACAGAGAAUUACACAGUACAUGCUGUUUUGUUAACAGUAGUAACCGCCGUGCCUUCAAUAUGUCCCCUUUCCUUGUUAUCACAGCAUUCAGAGCUCAGUAUUAGUCGCUUUGGUGUAUGUUUUUAUCUGUUUCAGACACAGAAUGUUUGUCGAGAGGCAGCAGUAGGCCUAUGUUUGUCAUCUGAAAUCGGUUGAUCAGUCAAUCAUCAAGCUGGCUUGGUCACAUCUUAUUCAUAUUUCAUGUUAAAUCUGUGCUGGGGUGUCCCAGCGUCCUCUCCAGUUUUAAACUACUUGAAGGAGCUGUGAUAUCCUUAUUUACUGCAGUUUUUGUAAGCUCUACAGUAGGUGAUGUUUACUUUUGUCAUUUUGUGCUUGACAAAAAGUGUUAUUCACCUUCCUGUAUUAUUUUUUGAAAGGGAAUUCUAAAAAUCCAAUGCAAAGGGAAUGAUUUUAAUUUUAUUUUAUCUUAUUUUAUUAUUUUCACCUUUGUUUUUCUUUGCUGGCUGCUUUCGGGUUGUAACAUGCUCAUGUUGUUGUUACCCUGUGCAAAUAUUACAUGAUGGUUUUAGUCCUUUUAAUGCUUCAUCCUCCUCUGACUCACCUUCUAGUUUCUCACUCUUCUCGUCACUACAAACCUCAUAAAUGUCACAUUACACUUUCCUUUCUUUCCUAGGAUUUUUAAAAAAAAUUCUAUUGCUUUACAAAAUUUCAGUUGUUGUUGUUCAGUAUUGGUCUCGUCACUGCCAGGUUAAAUUGCAGGGAAAAACUUGCAGAUGUUUUUUUUUUCAUGUCAUUUUUUAAGUGGCAGCUUUGUUUUUUGUUUUUUUUUGUAAAUACGAAAGAAGAGUCGAGUAGCUACUGCAGUUGUGAAUAAUUAAGCGAAACGAGCAAAGCACCAUUUACAGUUUGAUCAGAUCGUAGACAGACAGGAGGUGUUGUCAGAUAUUAGGUGAGGAGUUUAUAGGGGAGGGGGUUUGAGGGGGGAGCUCCUGCAUUGGUUUGUAGUUUAUUUCAAAAAAAUGUUAAUGUCAUGCCAUAUAAAUUAUUUAUAUUAAAAUUUUAUUUUUGUAGUUUGUACAGAUGUUAGUAUCUAGACUGAAGUUCUAUUUUUAAAGAGUAAAUAUAUAUUAUAUAUAAAUAUAUCUAUUUGUUGCUGAGUUUGCUUUGGUUUUAUUGUUUUGUUUUGUUUGCAUUUUGGGAUUUCGGGAGGUAUCGUGGGAGGGAGGGGUUGACAACACUUUAGACCAGAGGCCUUUUUUGUGUGUGUGUGUGUGUGUGUGUGUGUGUGUGUGUGUGUGUGUGUGUGUGUGUGUGUGUGUGUGUGUGUGUGUGUGUGUGUGUGUGUGUGCGUGUGCGUGCGUGCGUGCGUGCGUGCGUGUGUGUGGAGCAAAGGGGGCAGUUGGAGGACCAUGAAGGAGAAGGUGUGUAGGAAUGUGUCACUGUUACACCUUGUGUUUAAGUUUCCUCUUGGCCCUUCAUUCUUCAUUGUCAUUUUUUUUGAAAAAAAUGUUCUUGUCCAUGUCUAAAACACUGUGACUUCUGAAAACUAUGCUCAAGAAAAAACCCUUGUGUGACCGUUAUGUUCCCUCACCUGCUAUAGAAAUUUAACUAACAAAAUAAAUUGAAUGAAAAAGUG